ACAUUUCAUUUGGUUACACCCUGACUGAAGAUCUUCAUCACUUAGAGUCACGCUGAAAAAAUUCCCUCUGCAGUCCACCUUCACAGAUAACCACCAACUUUGGUCAUAUCAGCUUUGGCAUCCACCAACAAUGGUCCUUUCUGGGAUGAUGUCUGUAAUCCAGCUAUUCAGAACCUAAUGAAGUUGGUGAUUCCAUGACAAUGUGGAGAAAUCAUGACAGAAAAUGUGAUGUGUGCAGGGGCUGUCAAUGCUGUAAAGGAAGUGUGGGAAAAACGAAUACAGAAACAUAAUGAAGACCUGAAGCGAGAGAAGGAAUUUCAACACAAGUUAGUGCGGAUCUGGGAAGAACGAGUAAGUUUAACAAAGCUAAAAGAAAAGGUCAUUAGGGAAGAUGGAAGAGUCAUUUUGAAGAUUGAAAAAGAGGAAUGGAAGACUCUUCCUUCUUCUCUACUGAAAUUAAAUCAGCUUCAGGAAUGGCAACUUCAUAGGACUGGUUUGCUGAAAAUUCCUGAAUUCAUUGGAAGAUUCCAGAGCCUCAUUGUGUUAGAUUUAUCAAGAAACACAAUCUCAGAAAUACCUCGAGGAAUUGGACUACUCACCAGACUUCAGGAACUUAUUCUUAGCUACAACAAAAUCAAGACUGUCCCCAAAGAACUAAGUAACUGUGCCAGUUUGGAAAAACUAGAACUGGCUGUUAACAGAGAUAUAUGUGACCUUCCACAAGAGCUUAGCAAUCUAUUAAAACUUACUCACCUUGAUUUGAGCAUGAACCACUUUACAACAAUCCCUCCUGCUGUGUUGAACAUGCCUGCCCUUGAGUGGCUGGACAUGGGAAGCAACAGACUCGAACAACUUCCUGAUGCUAUAGAAAGAAUGCAAAGUUUACAUACAUUAUGGCUACAACGGAAUGAAAUAACAUGCUUGCCAGAAACAAUCAGCAAUAUGAAAAAUUUGGGUACUCUCGUUCUCAGCAACAAUAAAUUGCAAGAUAUACCAGUAUGCAUGGAAGAAAUGGCAAAUUUGAGGUUUGUCAACUUCAGAGACAACCCACUGAAGUUGGAAGUAGUACUUCCUCCCAUUGAAAACAUAGAUGAAGAGGAAGAACGGGAAUUAUUUGGUCUUCAGUUUAUGCACACAUAUAUACAGGAGUCACGGAGGGGAGCAGAUCACCAAGCCAACAGUUCGACUACUUUACCAACUUCCAUAAAUACCACUGGAUAACAUAAUUCAAGAUGUCUAGCUG